AUGUCCUCGUCGCCAGAGUUCCUCCGCUUCACAGGCCACCGGGCCUUCGCUCAGCGUCUGAUCCUGUCGACACUCACCGGCCGUCCCAUUCACAUCUCCAAGAUUCGAAGCUCAUCACCAACACAUCCCGGUCUCGCCCCGCAUGAGGUCUCGUUCCUCCGUCUCCUCGAGGCCGUCACCAACGGCAGCUCGCUGCAAAUCUCGUACACCGGUACGACCAUCACAUACCACCCCGGCCUCAUCACCGGCACGAUAGCCGGCUUUGGCGCCACCGACGGCGAUGUCAUCGAGCACACCCUGCCCGCCAACAACAACCGCGGCGUCACCUACUUCCUCCUGCCCAUCUGCCUCCUCGCGCCCUUCUCCAAAGCACACAUGAACAUUCGCAUCUCGGGGCCCGGCGUCAUCACAUCCGCCACCCAGACGGGCGACAUCUCGGUCGACUCGUUCCGCACCGCCAUCCUGCCCCUCUUCGGCCUCUUCGGCAUCCCGCCCGCGCGCAUCGAGCUGCGCAUCCUGCAGCGCUCCUGUCCCGGCAAGGGCGGCCGCGGCGGCGGCGGCAUCGUCGAGCUGCGCUUCGCCAGCCAGGUGCGCCUGCCCAAGACGCUGCACCUCAACCGCGGGCCCGGCAGGAUAAAGCGGAUCCGCGGCGUCGCCUACUGCACGGGCGUCUCGGCGUCGAACAACAGCCGGCUGAUCCACGCCGCGCGCGAGGUCCUCAACCCGCUCGUCUCGGACAUUCACAUUGCCGCGCAAUACGACCAGGCGCCCCUCAUCCCCGGGGCCGACAAGACCAAGACGCGGACGGGCAUCGGUUUCGGCCUGAGCCUCGUCGCCGAGUCGAGUUCCGUCGGCGUCAUCUACUCGGCCGACCUCGUUGCGCCGCCCACCGGCGGCGUCGUGCCCGAGGACAUUGGCAAGCAGUGCGCGUACCAGCUGCUCGAGACGAUUGCGCAGGGCGGCUGCGUGAGCCGCGUGUCGGCGAGCACCGUGCUGACGCUGAUGGCCAUGGGGUCUGAGGACGUCGGCAGGUUGAGGAUAGGAAGGGACGUCGUGGGCACGGAGGAGGUCGUUGGCCUGGCGCGCGACCUGCGGACGUUUGGCGCCAGCAGCUGGGGUCUGAGGGACGUAAACGAGGACGAUACGGACGACAUCAUCGUGUCGGUCAAGGGCAGCGGUGUGGGCAACGUCGGACGCAAGGUAGCAUGA